UAUAAUAUAAGGCGGGUAAAUAAGUGGGCUGGACUUGACUGAAAGUGGUGCAGCACAGAAGCGAGUCUCCAUCACUUUAUGUUACGAGAUAGGCCUACUGACAGAUGACCAAGGUCAUACAAGCGGACCUUGUUUUUAUGGGAAUUAUUGAAUUGAAUUCACAUUGAAUGCAUUGUGUGCAUUUAUAUUAAAUAGUGAAUAUGCCUGUUUAUGGUUUUGAUUCAACUACUCAAAAUUUUAAAUUAAAAGUGAAUAGGAUAUCAGUCAGAUGAAGAGUGAAUUGCUUCAGUGUUUACUGCUAUGCUCAGAGAAACAAAACGCAAAGCUAAAAAACUAAAAGUUUAAGCCUUGCUAUUACAAAUUCAAGUUCGUUGUUUUUGGUAACGGAUCUAAAAUAAAUUUAAAUGUAUAAAGACCACAAUUAACUUCAGUAUACGGGUCUAACAUAGGUGAGCCCUGUGUAGAUAUGAAAUGCACAUAGGUACAUUUCCUAUUGGCAAACCUUUAUAUUUUAGUUAGGUUUGUGACCGUCAGUAUAUGGUUAUAUAAUUAACCCUUACUUACAUCAGUAUGCGACAUGGUAUAAAGAUAUCAUAUAUGUCCACCAGGUGGUGCUGCUCCGUCCAGGAGGAGGUGACGUGGCUUCAUGCGCGUCUUUACCGGACAUACGUCACGUAGUAGAGUUGGGCUUUUUAUUUCAAGCGAACAAGAAGAAACAUCAGUAAAUGACAGGAAUAAUAACCAUAACCCAUCUGUAAACUAGUGCCGGCUUCAUGGCUGAGGAAGAUGGACCCAAGACCGCUCUUUAACUAUGGUAGCAGGAACGGCCAAUGCGGUCAGAUGAUAUAAAGACGGCUGGUGCACCAUGAGCUGAGAACUGCUUCGGCAGUCACCUGGACCUAUGGCAAGGAUCACGUUCUCCUGCCUGCCAGCCUCCUGGUACUGCAGUGUGUCCCUUCUCUCCCUGGGAUGUGCUCCCCGACAGAGGCUGCUCCUGCUCCUGCUCCUCCUCACCUGCACCGUGCUGUUCCUCCUGUCCUCGUACCACCACCCGCUCUGGGGGCCCCGCCACCCAAUCAGGGCCUCAGUCAACAAGUACCUCUCCCUGGCUGAGUCCAUGGAGGCCACAAACCUGCAGGACCCAGCGCUGAAUUAUGGGGUUGUGGUGGACUGUGGCAGCAGCGGCUCCAGGGUCUUUGUGUACUACUGGCCCCCCCACAAUGGGAACCCCCACACCCUGCUGGACAUCAGGCAGAUGAAGGACCGUGAGAGGAAGCCUGUGGUCAAGAAGAUCAAACCUGGUAUCUCCACCCUGGCCCAGACCCCCGAGAAAGCCAACGUCUAUCUCCAGCCGCUGCUCAACUUCGCCGCAGCCCAUGUACCCAGGGUCAAGCACAAGGAGACCCCGCUCUACAUCCUCUGCACUGCUGGCAUGAGGCUGCUGCCGGACAGCCAGCAGGCAGCUAUCCUGGAGGACCUUGUCACAGACGUGCCCAUGGAGUUUGAUUUCCUCUUCUCUCACUCCCACGCUGAGGUCAUCUCCGGGAAGCAGGAAGGUGUGUAUGCAUGGAUUGGCAUUAACUUCGUUCUGGGCCGGUUUGAUCACGCGGAGGAGGAGGAUGCCACUGUGGAGGUCACAACGGGGUCAACGCACCAGCAGCCAAUCAGCCGGCGUCGUACUGUGGGCAUCAUGGACAUGGGCGGGGCUUCUCUCCAGAUAGCCUAUGAGGUUCCCAGUGCAGUCACCUUCAGCUCCCCACAAGAGGAGGAGGCGGGGAAGAGUCUGCUGGCGGAGUUCAAUCUGGGCUGUGAUGUGGACAAGACCCAGCACGUGUAUCGCGUCUACGUCACCACCUUCCUGGGCUUCGGAGGCAACAUGGCCCGCCAGAGGUACGAGGACCUGGUGGUGAACAGCACGCUGGCCAGCAACAGGCUGCUGGGGUCCCAGACCGGCCUGAGCCAGGACAACCCCUCCCUGGACCCCUGCCUGCCACUGGGCCUGUCCGACACGGUGGCCCGAGACGGCCGCACCCUGCACCUGCGGGGCCAGGGGGACUGGAGCCGCUGUCAGAGCGCCGUCCACCCCUUCCUGGGCCUCCACAACGGGACCAUGUCCCCCAGGGGAAUCUACCAGGCUCCCAUUGACUUCAGUAACAGCGAGUUCUACGGUUUCUCAGAGUUCUACUACUGCAUGGAGGACGUGUUGAGGAUAGGAGGAAUGUACGACAGCCUCAAGUACGCCCGGGCCGCCACGGAUUACUGCGGAACACAGUGGUCGACCCUGAAACAACGGCUGGAGAGCAAGCUUUUCUCCCAGCAGGCCGACGUUACCAGACUCAAGUACCAGUGCUUCAAGUCGGCCUGGAUGUACGAGGUGCUGCAUUCGGGCUUCCGCUUCCCCAAGGACUACCCCAGCCUGAAAACCGCCCAGCUGGUCUACGACAAGGAGGUCCAGUGGACCCUGGGAGCCAUCCUCUUCAAGACGCGCUUCCUUCCACUCAGGGACCUGCAGCAGGAGGUGUUCCGGCAGAGCCACCCCAGCUGGCUGCGCUCCUCCUUCCUCUACAACCACCACCUGUUCUCCGUCUGCGUGCUGGUGGUGCUGCUGGCCAUCCUGCUGUACAUCCUGCGCCUGCGGAGGAUCCACCAGAGAGAGCAGAGGCAGUCCGAGGUCCUGGACCUGCUCUGGGUGGAGGAGGGGGAGGCCCUGCUGGCCUGAGGGUGAGAUAGAGAGAGAGGGGAGAUAGACAGAGACCCUGUUGGACUGGUGGGAGAGAGACCCUGGGCGAAAGAGGAGAGAGAGAGGGGAGAUGGACAGAGACCCUGUUGGACUGGUGGGAGAGAGACCCUGGGUGAAAGAGGAGAGAGAGAGGUUCUGGCUAGCGCAAAACACUAGCCAGAAUGUCUUCUCAUCGCAGCUUUGAAGACCUCACUGAGCCAAAUUCAAAUAUUGGAGGUUCAUUCCAUUUACAUGUAGUAUUGUCCUUUUUGUGCUGUUUUUAUUUUUUUUGUAAUGUCUAUUGCUCACGUGCUCAACCAACUUGGAUGAGAACAGGAAAUCCUGUUUAAUUUACUGUUUUAAUUAAGUAUUUAUAUGCAGAAGAGUUUACCUCAAACUGUUCCCAUCAAUAUACCAAAGGGGGCUGUGGAUCAGUUCUUGCUAACACAUUUCAAAGAGACCUCUGAGAUCUUGUAAACAUAGGAAAAAGUAAAAGAAAGUUCAGGCCAGAUCUGUUUGGAUUUUAUAUUCCCUCUCGGUUGGUUUUCCAAGCGGGGAAUAUGUUCAGACAUAUUCUAGCCCCUCGGCGUCAGUCCAAUAGCGUUUCUCCUGUGGUGUCCCUUUAAGGCUCUAUACUGUUAUAUAAAUAGACUGAUCGUGUUGGUUUGCUAAUGAAGGACAAAUGGUGACUUGCAAGGACCAGCCCCCCCCCCCUCCCCUAUGGCAACAUUUAAACGGUAUUUCCUCAUUUCCCAAUUGCUUGAUUUCACAAUGUGUGAAAGAUCAUGAAAUUUCAUUGAGCCAUUCCAUAAUUGUCAGCUUGCUACUCGAUGCUGCUACACCUCUAAUCAAACCAGAGACCCAGGGAGGGUGUCUGGUGUAGGCCAAGGGUUAAUCGCCAACACAGGAAACUCUCCAUUAAGUCCCUGUUUGUGGAUGACCAGUAAGCAGGAGUGCAUGGCACCAAAUUAAGUUAUCCUGCUUAGUAUUUGGAAAUUAGCCAAAAUGUCCACCAUGUUAAUGAGAACCAUUUGUGUACUGUAAAGACAUACAUUCCGUGACUGAUUUGGAGAGCUGUGUCAAAAACUCAAGAAUUGUAAGACUGUUGUAGAUGUGUGUAUUCAAUGCCGGUUCUCUGAUGGAACGCUGGUACACAGCAGGGGGGGGGGGGGGGGGGGGGGGGCUUGAACAAGCAACCCCAGGAUUGGAAACUUAUUGGCUCCAACUGCCAAGGAAAACGACUGAAAUUGGUUGGGACGUUUGGGUGGUUGGUUGAAGUGUUCUCAAAGCGCUGGGGGUGAGGUACACCCUGGAGGUCGCCCGUCACUCCCGUACUCCACACAUUCGACAAACUGCCCUUUUCAUUUUUUCCUCCAUCUUUGGUUCCUCUGGCUGUGUGUGAUAACCGGUGGUCACUCCUGCGAUUCAGACGCCUCGUAUCUUCAACCACUUAUAGACUAAGUAAUGUGAGACUACUGACAGACCUGGAGGUGGUCUGAGGAAGAAGACGCGUGUACGUCUUGCCUCCUCUAGAAUUCGGUGGGGUGUUUUAAUGUUUGAAAGCGACAAUCUUGCAGCUCCUAUUGGACAGCAUGACAAGUCCUGGCCAAGUAGUUAAGGGAUGUCUGAACAGAGCUGGGCAUUGUGCAAUCUUAAAGACUAUUACAUUGGAAAUGACUUGAUUUUUUGUCCUUCUCUGAUUGAUGCAAUAUUGCUUAAUUUCAUGUGAAAAAAGUACAAUAAAUCCUUGCUUUUUCAUAAAUA